ACAAAGCUUCAUCAAUCAACUUCAUCUUCAUCUUCCUCCUCGUAAACACACACACGCAGGAACAAGCGAUCUCAGAAAUUCAACGUACGAGAGUGUGAAGGACACGUUUUGUGAAGUUUCGGGUUCUAGGGUUUUCGAAUCCGAGGAGGAGGAUGGCUCAGGCGACGGGGCGGAGCAGGGUGGUCGGAGACUACGUGGUGGGGAAGCAAAUCGGCGCGGGGUCGUUCUCGGUGGUGUGGCAUGCGAGGCACAAGGUUCAUGGCACCGAGGUGGCUAUCAAGGAGAUUGCCACGCUUAAACUCAACAAGAAGUUGCAGGAGAGUCUCAUGUCUGAGAUUUUCAUCUUGAAGCGGAUUUCCCAUCCUAACAUCAUCUCGUUGCACGAUAUCAUUCAGGCUCCUGGAAAGAUACAUCUCGUGUUAGAGUACUGUAGAGGGGGAGAUCUCUCUUUGUUCAUUCAACGCCAUGGAAGGGUAACUGAAGCAACUUCAAAGCAUUUUAUGCGGCAGCUGGCUGCUGGCCUGAAAGUUCUUAGGGACAAUAACCUUAUCCACAGAGACCUGAAACCGCAGAAUCUUCUUCUCUCCAGAAAUGAUGAGAAGUCUGUGCUGAAGAUUGCUGACUUUGGAUUUGCAAGAUCUCUGCAACCAAGGGGACUUGCAGAAACCUUAUGUGGUUCACCACUCUAUAUGGCUCCAGAAAUCAUGCAACUACAGAAGUAUGAUGCUAAGGCAGAUCUGUGGAGUGUCGGUGCAAUCUUAUUUCAACUUGUUACAGGAAGAACACCUUUUACGGGAAACAAUCAAAUGCAGUUGCUACAGAAUAUUAUGAAAGCUACAGAAUUGCAGUUCCCACCUGAUAACCAAAGUCUGAGUUCUGAUUGCAAAGAUUUGUGUCAGAAAUUGCUACGCCGUAAUCCAGUGGAGCGUCUAACUUUUGAAGAAUUCUUUAACCACCCAUUCCUUUCGCAGAAGCAAACAGAACAAGAUGAAACCUUGAGUAAUAGAAGUUCAAGGCUGGUAGGUGAGUUUUGUUCAACAGUGUCUGACCCUUCGAGAAGAACUGAGGAAAAUCAUCAAGAGGAUUGCUUACCUUUCAUUCUAGAUGACGAUUCUAGUGGACCUGAUGGAAGUCCAUCGUUUUCAAGAAAGAAGUCUUCGAUGAAGUCUACCUUUGGAUUCGAUCUAAAUACAAAGUUAGAUAAAGCAGAGUCAGGGUCUCCGAAUUCUUAUAACAUCAAUCGUUCCAGAUAUACUAGUGUGACACAGAGAGCUGAAACCACUACUAAAAGAUUGGAGAACCACAAAAUUUCAGGGAGAAAUCUGAAUGAUCCUUUAGAAUCUCCAGAACAGUUAUUUGCUAACCCUUAUCCAAAAGCUGCGGAUUCACUAUUGAAUAUUGAUCAGGAUUAUGUUCUUGUGUCUGGGCCACCUAUGGAUAUUUCAUCUUCUUCAGUGAAUGCUUCAAAGCCUAGUCAUUCCCUAUAUAGGUCAGGUAGUUUCCCCAAUGAGUCUUCUAAUAGAAUCACUAGAUUAAGUGCUCCAAUGCCAAUCGUUGGUGUACCUACCAAUAGCAUAUGCCAAAUUGGAAGUUCAGGUAGUCAGGAUUCUGCUCCUGGGACUUCACAUGGAUCAAUGGAUAUGGGUGAUGAACAGCCAUCAACUGACUGCAUGACGAGGGUAAAGUCAUUGCAACAGUGUGCUGCUGCCAUCACGGAGUUAGUUAAUGAAAAGAUCACAGCAGGAAAGCAGCUAGAAGCGUUUUCUAUUCAGCUUGUUAUUCUUGCUAUUUGGAAACAAGCACUUCACAUAUGCCAUACACAGGCUGCCUCGGCCAUGGAAGGAAGUCCAAACCAAGAAGCUUCAAGAUACAGGAGGAGUACCAGCAAGAAGCAUGGUAGUUCUGAUUCAGAAGAGUGCCUUGAUGGAAACACCCAAGGGCCAAAGGAUAUAUUAUCUAAAAUUGAAAGUGAAUUUCUGAGGGAAUUUGAGCAUGCUGAAGAUCUUGCCAAGCCAAUAGAGCCUGGGAAUACAGAGAUGCCAGAUGCAAUGGAGACAAUAUUUCAAACUGCUCUUGCUUUUGGGAGGCAUGGCGGUGUAGAAGAACUCAUGGGUGAAAUGGAAAGUGCAGCUGCAUUGUAUUCAAAAGCUGUGCGUCUGUUAGUUUUCCUUCUAGUGGAAGGACCAUCCCUGAUUCUUAACCCUCCAUUUUCACUGACAAACACAGACCGUUACAGGCUUCGGAAUUACAUUGACAUUCUUAAUAACAGGCAAGAUUAUUCAAGGUCUCAGCGAAUCGCUCUUCUGAAAGCAGAUGAUAGUCAAGGUAUCCUCAAGGAAAAGUUUUAGCAUUUCAGCGGUGGUUCUAUACCUCCCAUUUUACACAAUUUAUUUGUACAGUUAUUCUUUGAUGGUGGUGGGAAAUUGGGGAUGCUAAUGGGAGUUAACUAGCACGGCACUGUUGUUGUAAAGUUCAACAUUUCUGUGAUUAGAAUAUGAUCAAAUGUGCAUUUGAUUUGUA